GCUGCGGCAGAACGGCUGGUCGGCCCACUCAGCAGCGCCGCCGGUACCGCCCGGCCGUGACUCAGACCCGCACAAGCUUCGGGUGCCGGCGUCGCCGACGCCACGCGACUCAGUGAGACGGCAGACAUCUUGGAAGAUGGUGGCUCUCUGGCUACAGUAGCUGAUCUGGAUCUUCGGCGCCGAGUCUCUGGGCUGCAGGUGGGUUCCUCCUGGCGGCUCCCUCAGCACCACUCCGCCUCCGCCGCACCCCGAGCGCUUCGGUUCUGAUCGCUGCGUGAACAGAACUACAAACCUGUUCUGGUUCGUCACGUUCCGGUUUCCUGUUCUGAUCCGACUGCAGCGCGAACGCAGCAUCAGAGCGGCACCGUGUUCCUGCUGCAGGGAGAAGACCAGCAUCAGAACCGGGACGGGCCUGUUCUGACCCGGAGGUCGGUUCCGAAGCCGUCCAGUGGAAAGGUCUACCUGUUCAGCCGGUCUCACCUGGUUGCAUUUCGUCCUCGGAUGAACGAUGGACGUCUCCUGGCUGUCUCUGCUCAUGAUGGCCGCCGCCUUCGCCGCCUCCGUCUUGCUGGCCGCCGUCUGCUUGGACUGCGGCAACAAAAGUCCUCUGGCCUCCAUCAGCCAGACGGCGGCAUCAGAGGAAUACGUCCCGAGUUCUGGAUUCAUCGUCGUCCAUCCAUUUGCCGGUCAGGCCCGGUUGGACCAGAACCUGGUCCAUUCUCCCACCACCCUGAAGCCUCACCCGAUCCCUGCUGGUCGCGGUUCUGGCCAGCCACUCCGGCCCUACACACCGACAGAAACCGAGAGCAACCCGAGUUAUGAGAACCCGGCCCUGGAAACGGAUUUUCCCGACAGCGACGCUGAAGGCAACGGAUACAUAGUGGUCCUUCCUGAAACUGAGCCGAGCCGAGCCUCCACUCCCAGUUUAGAUAGUGCCGACUACGUCAACCUUGAUGAAAACAAAAAACAAGCUCUAAAACUGGAACCAGAGCAAGAGCCAGAGCCAGACCAGGACUCGGACUCGGACUCAGAAUCUGAUCACAACUACGAGAACGUGAAGUCAGCAAACGGAUCUCCUGCAGCCUCGACGCCAGACGAAGACGAUGAGAACUACGUGAACGUAUGAUCCGGAUGGCCCAGAUGGAGGGCCGGUUCCGACAGCUCUUCAUCCUCAUCUUCCUCAGAAGCAGGAUCCUCCAGGCUCCGAUUACACUGCUGUUUCACCUCUUAGCUUGAUUUUUGUAAACUUUGACUAGACCUCUAGACUGACUUGCGUGGUUAAUUUAAGGCUAAAUAAUCUGACUGACAGAGAGCUAAAGAUGAGGGUGAUGGACUGAGGCCCUUCCAGCCUCUGGGACAGUCUGACUGAUGUGAAGCCAAAAAAAGUGUUUCUAUUAAUGAGAAGGGUGGAAAUACUUAAUUUAUUUUUUUCAAAUAAAAGUAGAAAGGGAUUUUUUUUGUUUUGGGAGUUUUCUAUUUUCCAAACAAACUUCUUGUUUGUUUGGAAACAACCUUAACCCGAUGAGGAGGAGGAAAUAUGAACGUCUCUUCUUUCUGUCAGAAUAUUGAAGCUCCAGAACCGAAACACGAUUUUGAUUGUUCAAGAUUUUCUCCAUCUCUUGGAUGAUCCAGCAGCUUCAGAAACAAAUCGGGUCAAUUAGCCAAUCAACUGGAAAAACUUUGUUUAGUGUCAUUUAGUGUCACUAAACAUGGUGACAUGGUGACUGGCCUCACUCGUUCAUGGACGCCAGUUUAUGAUUGAUUGAGGCUAAAUGCCCAAAUUAUUGCUGUUAACUUUUGAUUAUGUAACUUUUCAAAUGACACACAUGAAAGGAAACGUCUGACUUACUUGGGUAGGCAAAUGCGAAGGUCAGAGGUCAACCAGUCAUUCUGGAUGAAAUGGAGAACACAACCCUGUGGAACUAACUGGGAUUAAAUAAACCAACCAUCCUAAUCUGUUAGAACGAGCUGACGCAGACCCUUAAUCUAGAUUGGGUUGUCUCCAUGUUUCUGCUUUGACUCUCCAGAUUUUUCAAUAAUUGGAUCAAUAAUUUGAAUUAUUGAUCACCAUUUAUCUAAAGCUUCACGUUCACCUCCUAAGAAUUUCCUUUAAAUGUGACUUUUACAUCCAGAAGAGGAAUCUCUGAAACAUUUAACCAAAAAUCCAGAUUAAUCCAGAUUAACCCCAUGCCUUCCUGUUGUCAGGCAUGGGGUUAAAUAUUUAGUUUGUUAAUUCAUUGUGAUUUUCCAAAUGAUAUUUGGUAUUUCUGCUGGCGUUGGACGCCGUUUCAUUUCACUGACGACUCCUGAGAAUGUUUUUGAUGCAGCAUCUAUUUAAAUGUUUCCUGUCAUCUAAUCUAGAAAUGUUUUUAUCUGAAUUAAAUCAAACAUUUUAGAAAAA